UUCCCCAGGAGGGGAGCAGAGCCCGCAGAGGGGCAGGGGCAAGCCAAGGGCUGACGCCUGAGGCUGCCCCACUUUCAGGCUUCAGCCUGGGGGCAAAAAAUUUCCGAGCCACUGUGCAGGCGGCUGGUGGGACGGUGUCCAUCCGUCUGCCGGGCUGCUCCCUUCAUCCCGGGUACCGCUGCCAGCCGGUUGCUGGGAGGAAUGCUCAGGGGGUCGAUGCCCGCGUUUAACUCCCUGGAUGCAGAGUGAGACCCGCAGAAGAGCAAGUGUGCGUGUGUCAGUCAGCAUCUCGAACCAAUGGGUGCCUGCUCACUAACUCAGUCUCCCUCCCUCUGCAAACAUUGGAUUUAAACCUGCUCAGCAUUCAACGCAGACGAAAGCAGCAGCGGCAGCAGCAAGCAGCGAGCAAGCAAAUCAGCCGCUAGUCUACCGCAGCUCCAAGAUGUACCAUCCUGCCUGCUGGAUCGUCUUCACGGCCACAACUGCCCUGCUCUUCAUCCCAGGAGUGCCCGUGCGCAGCGGAGAUGCCACCUUCCCCAAAGCUAUGGACAACGUGACUGUGCGGCAAGGGGAGAGUGCCACGCUCAGGUGUACCGUGGAUGACAGGGUGACACGCGUGGCGUGGUUGAACCGCAGCACCAUCCUGUACGCAGGCAAUGAUAAAUGGUCUAUAGACAACCGUGUGGUGAUCCUCUCCAACACCAAGACCCAGUACAGCAUCAAGAUACACAAUGUGGACAUCUACGAUGAGGGCCCCUACACCUGCUCCGUGCAGACAGACAAUCACCCCAAGACUUCGCGCGUCCACCUCAUUGUGCAAGUUCCCCCCCAGAUCGUCAACAUCUCUUCGGACAUCACCGUGAAUGAGGGCAGCAGUGUGACCCUCAUGUGCCUGGCCUUUGGGAGACCGGAGCCCACCGUCACGUGGCGGCACCUCUCUGGGAAAGGGCAGGGCUUUGUCAGUGAGGACGAGUACCUGGAGAUCACGGGCAUCACACGGGACCAAUCCGGGGAGUACGAGUGCAGUGCUGUCAACGACGUGGCUGUCCCAGAUGUGCGGAAAGUCAAAGUCACCGUCAACUACCCACCGUACAUCUCGAAUGCCAAGAACACGGGCGCCUCGGUGGGCCAGAAGGGCAUCCUGCAGUGCGAGGCCUCGGCCGUCCCCGUGGCAGAGUUUCAGUGGUUCAAGGAGGACACCAGGUUAGCGAACGGGCUGGAGGGUGUGCGGAUUGAGAGCAAGGGCCGCUUGUCAACGCUGACCUUCUUCAAUGUCUCGGAGAAGGACUACGGCAACUACACGUGCGUGGCCACAAACAAGCUGGGCAACACCAACGCCAGCAUCAUCCUGUAUGGGCCCGGAGCAGUGCACGACGGUGGCAACGCAGCGUCCCGGGCAGCCACCGGCCUCGGCCUCUGGGCUGCCCUCCUUGCUCGGCUCCUCCUUGGCUUUUGAUAAGGGAGCGGAGGGUCCCGGGAGGCAUCACCUCGCCUCUCCCCCGCCGUGGGCUCAGCCCGCCGCGCCGCCCAGGGACUCCUCUGUGUCGGACGGGCGAUGCGCCGGAGGACGGGCGGCGUCGUCGAGUGUCCGAGGAUGGCCACGUCUCCCAUGUGCCGGGACCAUUCUCGCCGCCGGUUACGCUGUACAGAUCCCACCACGUGCCACCAGACUGUCACCUGCCACCAUCACCCCAGGGAUGUGGUCCGGCAUGGACAAGGCUCCCUGCGGCCGCCUCGUUCCUGAUGCGGGGAGCACGGCGCUGCCUGGAGCCAUCGCCGGGGAUUUCCAUUUCAUCAUCUCGCUAAGCCGCCUAUGCCCAAAAAGACCCCAAGGUUGAAGCCCCCUGGCUCUGCCUUCAGCCCUCUCAGUCCUGAAUGUCAGUUCUCGCCGCCAAAGCUCCUCCCUAAGUGUUCCGAAUGUUGCCGGCCUUUUCCAAAGGGCCACCCAAUACAAUAAGUUAUCCUCCAAGCGUCGUGCACCUCCUCCUGCUUCUCUUUCUCCCAGCUAACAUCAUACUCCUUUCUCCUCCAAAACUCACUCACCUUCCUGAGGGCAUGAAGCUGCUUUCCCAGGAAUGUGAGCCCUGAGGAUCACUGCCGGCCCUCUUGGAGACUUCCCAUCGCCCUGGCUUAUUCACCUGUUGCUCCUCCUCACUCCGGACCUGCUGCCUCCUCUAACAGCAGGACUUGCCCUGUGGAUCUCGCCCUGAUGCGCUGCUUGUCAGGGAGGUUCCUCUGGGCUUGUUUUCCAAGCACUUUACAGCCUGCACAUCAAAAGCACAGCGCCAAAAACAUUGGGAAGUGGCACUAAACCACACAGCAAGACACCUUUUCUUAUGGCUCUAAUGUGCACCCAUCUGCACAUACCUGGAGGGGACGGAAUCAUGCACUCCCAGCCUCAAGAUCUGCACAUCAGCUGCUUUGCACCUCCCUGGUCCAUCUCCCGGCCUCAAAAUCUGCCCAUCAGCUGCUCUACACCUCCCUGGUCCAUCUCCCGGCC